AAAACUUCUUGACUGGUAUACAACAGAAAAGUAACGAGAUCGCCCUCCUCUAGAAUCCCUUGAGCUUUCGACUCUACCAUUCCCAUUCUGCAACACUGCUGAGACCUCCCAAAACUGCAGCUUCACGCAAAACAGAUUUUCAAGUGUCAUGACUUGGCAAACAUACAUUGAUGACCAUCUGGUCCCCGCUGGCUUUAUGUAUGCCGCAAUUGUGGGACAUGAUGCGUCGACAUGGGCAAAUACUAAGGAUUUCCAGGUUCUAGAUGCGGAAACUAAAAUACUCGUUAGCCUCUUGACUGGAGAAAAGAGCUUUGAUGAAAUCUCAACCACUGGAUUUCAUGUAGCUGGACAGAAAUAUACGAUGACUCGUUAUGAGAUUGAUGAUGAUGAUGGUGGGGCUGCUUUCCUCCAAGGUCGCUGUAAGGAGGAAGGAAAAUCUGCACAGGGGGUCAUCAUCAUGUGCACAGCGCAGUCAUUAAUUGUUGGUGUUCACGACCCUAAGUACAGCAACGGGGCUUCCUUUGGAAAAGCGAACACUGACAUUGGACGUGUCGCUGAUUACAUUAUGGAAGCCGGUUGUUAAACGUGCAGUGAUUGAAGCAUUGUGCAAUACGCGAAAAGCAACAUCACAAGGGUCCCAUGCUAUGUCAAGACUGCUUCUUCACCAUCCCUCUUUUUGAUGUGUGUCCCAGUGUACGCCCAUUUUAGACCUUUACUUUGCAGUAGAUGCUAAACUCAUGCCUCGGUCUAGAGAAUAUCAG